AUGGAUCCAUUACCUGGAACUCCAGUCCUCCAACCAAAAGAGGAACUGAUUGAAACCCAAUUCGACAAUCGUCUUUUAUACAAACGAUUAGUCAUUGACUUACGCCAAGACUUGGUACUAUGUAUGAGAGUUAUUGCCUUUUGGACGUGGCUUGAGGAGGUCGGAUUUGAAAACAUCGUUCCGCUUCUGAUAAGGGUAAACGAUAAUACACUCUCACUUAUAUUUCACGAAGCAGUCCGUUGUCUUAAAUAUAUUGAUGCACCAACACCUCCUGUCCUUACUCCGUUAUAUCUUUAUGAGGUUCACUUAACUAAUUUCAUGGAAGGAAAAGAAAUACAAUUUUCAUUUCUGUACCAAAACAGGGAUAACGCGCUAGGAAGAAUCAAUAAAACCGUGAAUGAAGUUUUCCUUAGGGCUUUUGAUGAUAUCAUUCAGAAAUCGAAGAAUAUUAUCAAAGCCCCAUCUUCAACUCGGCAGGAUAUAUCUGCUCCAAAAGAAUCAUCUAGCAAUCGGAGGGUUUGA